GUAGAUAUCCUCAUCAACAACGCUGGGGUAUCGUCACUCCAGACGGUGUUCGAAUCCACGAGGGACGCGAUUAAAAGGUUGUUCGACGUGAACUUCCUUGGCAACAUCAUGCUAGCCAAAGCCCUCCUGCCCCAUUUCAGGCAGAGGAAGGCAGGGCACAUCGUCGCGUCAUCCAGCGUCCUUGCCAUCUUCUCCACUCCCAAGUCGUCAGCCUAUAGUGCCUCAAAGCGCGCCGUUCAAGGAUACUACGAAACCCUUCGAGUGGAGGAAGCCCGGAAUGGGACUAAAAUCACCCUCCUGUUCCCCGGCCUGGUCAAGAUCAAGCCCUCCACCAGAAGCAUCAGUGAGGAUCGGGCUCACAUCGACAGGAGUUACUUGAAUGCGUUCGAGAUGGACGUAGAAGUGUUCGCUGAUUGGGUCCUGAUUGCAAUCGCUAAUGAAAUGUCUGCUCCCUGCAUCGCUAAGAAAUGGAUGCUCUUCACCCUCAUAUAUCACUUCCCGUCCAUCGCCAGAUGGGCUUAUUCCAGUUCCACACACAAGCCUUACACUUUGUGGAGACCCUUGAAUGUAAUUCUCAUGGUCGAAGAGUAUCAGUCCUUCCCAACCAACACAUUGUACGUCCUACGUGAUAUUGGCAAAGUACUGGCUCCCGCAAUCACAAUAUGCCCAAUUCAUCUUUCCAACAAUCCUUUCACGAGAGUUGAAGGUUCUGGGCAUUGGAGCGAGAGAACAUUCUUUGAAGUGAAAGGUUAUUCUUGCCACAAGUGCUUUAUGCUGAUCCCGAAGAAAAGCCAGCUGAUCCAGACAGAUGGUUGCUCGGACACCCCAUUUCGCAUUACUUUCGAUGAAUCGCUCUACAUCGAGCCCGAAAGUUUCUUCUUGAAGAAAGGCAAUGUGAUCAGUUUGGUCAUUCGUCCUGAGGUCAUCCAGAGGCAAAGCAUAGCAGAGAAUCCUUGCAUCGUGGAUGAGAACUACAGUUAUGCCAGGUGCAUGGAGAACUGUUUCUGGAGAAUGGUGGAGUCUCACCCAAAUGUGCCAUGCAUGUUACCCUCACUCCUGUCCAAGGAAACCAAUCUCACGAAAUCCGAGUGUCAAGAUCCCGAGGAGGAAAUGAAUUUAUUCAUGCACUUGGGUGACUUCUAUAAAAGUCGGGAUAGAAUGGCCCCCUACCAGCGUGAGUGUAAUUGUCCGGCGAGGUGCAACACCAUUGACUAUCACAUCUUCGGGGAUCCCACUCCGGGCUGCGACGUUUUUGUCUCCGACAAAAACUCUUGGUUCUACCUGAACUAUCCCUCGAAACAGGUGCCCCAUUUUCUGGAGAAGGAGAAAGUGACCCUUCUGGACCUCCUGUCCAACAUCGGAGGAAUCGUCGGCAUCUGUCUAGGCUCUUCCCUCCUCACCCUCUUCGACAUCAUCGAGAAAUGUUUCUUAAGCACGUACAAUGAACAGACUCGAUGCGACAAAGUACAAGGAAUCAUUGAAAACAAUAAAUGUUCUACUCUCCUUAGUCUUCAAAUCCAUGAUGAAUCUCGUACCUCCUCAACCGAAUGA